CUACUACCACAAUAUGGCGGGACACGGCGUCAAUCUCGCCGUUACAAAAGAUGGCGGAAGCUACAAUAAGUUGCAGCGACCCGGCGACUUCCUGGCUUCCAUGUCGCGUCCACCGCCUGUGGAGGGUCUGAUCACUGCAACGCUUCCUGCGACGCAUGCCGGCAAGCGAAAGCGCAACCAGACAGCCAGCUCUAACGUGCACGACCUGGGCCAGGUACAUGGAAGCAAGCGCACACGAGUGAACAACAGUGCCCCUCAGCCGAACGCUGUGCGGGGUCUAGUCGACGGCAACGAACGAUCACGCGGAUUUGGACCGACCAGGGACUGCGGCAUGCGGACGACGUUGCCAGGACUGGAUGACGAUGAGCAGCUGUCAGACGAGUCUAUGAGCGAAGCGCUAGCCUAUCUUCGCAGCGUGAGAUCAGAAGCGUCCACGAUUCCGGAUCUGCUUGUAGCAUCAGCCGUUGAUUCCACGCACGACAACUCCGACCGACGGACUAGCCUCGACGCGUUCGGCGGACAACAAGCACUAUACAGGGACGGUACUUGGAUCGCGGUUGACAGAGAAUUUGUAGCAUCCGACGACAGCGAGUAUGACAGUGAUUAUCACGAGCUCGAUGCGCAAGAAGAGUGUUACAAACAGCUACUCGGACGAUUCCGCGCGCUCCGCAAUACAUACAACGAGGCCCACUCGCAAGACCCGGCUCAGAGAAAAGAGGCAGGCUUCGAACGAUCGGACGCACAACCGCCGCAGAGCAGACACUGGUGGCUAUAUACCCUGGAUCGUGAAUACCCGACCCUUGCCCAAGUGUUCCAGAUGGAUGACAGGACUUUGUAUCGAGGACUUGAGUACUGUACCCAUGCUCUGGAUCGAUUCGACACCAUCUCUGGUCAGAAGAGCUGUUGGAUCUGGACUUUGCUAGCACUGGCGGGAGAUGUUGGUACCCUGGACCAUUGGAAAAUAAGCAGAAUAAGGGAACUGGGCCAGAAAGCAGGGCGGCUAAGUCGCAAGCUACAUAGUGGGCAGCGUUUCAAGGAUCGCCAGAACGAAGCUGUAGCUGAAAAGGGUAAGGAGGUAGAUGUUGAUGAGUCGACAGAGGUUCCUGAGGACAACGAGCAAGAUGUGCAAGAGAAGGAGGACGAGCACCCCACGACAGACGCCAAUGGCUCCGAAGUGGAGAUGCCAGUAUCCGAAGACGGGACUCACGUCGACACGAACGUGGAAGCCAAUGACCUCGAAAAAGCCCGAGCGCGUUUACUUGCGCAGCUCGGCGACCGUCUAGUGCAAACCGGGCUACCAUCAUCAGAGGACAGAAAAGUGCCUUCUGACUCUAACCUGCCUGUGGUAGAUUCGAACACGAGGGUCACUAUUGAUAUGAUCUUGACCGUAGUAGCAGAGUGCUAUGGACAAAGGGAUUUGCUGAGCUUCAGGGAGGUUUGGUUGUGAAUAUAAUCUUGAUACCCAGAUGACACAAUUGUGCUUCAUCUAUGGUCAGGUAGGUUUAGCUGAGGAUCGGCUUUGAUAUACAGAUAAUACAAUAAUCUCCCA